AUGCUCAGGGCCAAGCCGGUUCAGUUCAAAUUACUUGUAAGUUCAAAGUCAUCGGGUAAUUUUAUUCAUUUUCCGUCCCCAUCUUUUCGAUGAGUCAGAAGUACAGAAACCUUGUGUGAUUUUAAAAACCGACUGAAAGGGAUCUUAGUUUUUUUUUCUAAUUUUAAUUAAUAAUGGCAGUAUACUGUAAAAAUGUGUUUGAAAUUUUUUCUUUGUAAGAAAUUAAUUUUUUAACUCCUUGUGCUUACUUUUAUUGCAUGUCUUGUAGUCAUUUUUCACGUAGGGUCCAAUUUUUCCAAUGAUUUUUUUGAAACUGUAUUAUGGACUGGCUCUACAUAAUUGCUAUUUUUGCAAACUUCCAGUUUUGGAGCUAUUAUAUGAGCUUUUAUGGACUCUAAAUAUAAAUAAGCCCUUUCAUGAGAACGACCCCAAUUGUUUGCUCUUGCUCAUCUGCCCGAGGGGGAAACCGGAAAGUUUCGAGCUGGCACACAAUCAGGUAACAAUCCAAACAGAAUGGCAAGAGUUCAUGGGAAGUUUGUUCACGUCUCUUGCCAAGCGGCGAUCAACAAACAAGUGAUAGGCAACCCGGGGGGAAAGAGGCGGGCGUCUCCGGAAAACUGGAAGGAAACCAGCCGCCGGCCUCGUCGUGAAUAAAAGCGCCGAGCCGACCGGGGGACAAGGUACCAUUCGCAUCUCGACCGUCAUGAAGUUCCUACUCAUCUCGCUUCUUGUCGUCUCCGCCGCACUCGCUUCUCAAAAUGUUCGUCUUUACUUCCUUUUUCGUUACUUUUUACCACUUUUCAAGCCUAUUUCAAUAUUUUUUACUUUUUUAUUGAUACCGUUCCAGCUUUUAAAAUUUGUUUGUUAAAAAAAUCGUGAAAAUACCUUGAUAUUUUUUCUUUUUAUCUAUAAAAAAUGCCUGAUUUUUAUAAAAUGGAAAAACUUUCGCAAUAGUAAGAGCUGAGGGAUGGAAAUGUCCCUUUUUUUAAAGUUUGAAAGAGUUUUUCCAUUAUCAAAGUUUUAUAUAUAUUUUUUUUGACGCUAAUUUCUUGAAUUUGAAGAAAUUUUUGAGGUCUUCUUCGAAAAAGAGCUGAGUGAUGGGAAUGUAUACUUGUAUACGAAAGAUACUUUUUUAUUUGAAAAAAUGUCUUUUUUCCUUUUUUUUUAUGGCUUCUAGCAGAAGAGCGAAGAAAGAUACGGAAAUAAUCAAACCAGAUGAUGAAAAAAAGUUUUUCCGAAAUUUUCGAUCUAAACACUUUUUUAAAAAAUUGUGAUCAUCAUUAAGACGGCCAAAAAGACUCUGAAACUGAACUUUAUUUACUUCCUUGCAAAAACAAUUUUUGCAUAGUAUUCCUUAUAAAGAAGUAAUUUUUUUCAAUUUCAGCCCCUGAGAGCGAAACGCCAGUCGUCGUGCGGAUGCGCGGUCCCUCAGGCCCAGCCGGCAUGCAGCUGCCAACAGUCUCCCCAACAGCCAGCCCAGCAGUCCUGCUCGUGCUCCCAGCCCCAGCAGAACCCAUCUUGCGGCUGUGCCCAGCAGUACCAGCAGCAGCAGUGCCAGCCAGCCUGUGAGCAGACCUGCCAGCAGUCCUGCGUCGCUCAGCAGCAGCCAGCCAGCCAGUGCCAGUCGAGCUGCUCCAACACCUGCCAGUCGGCCUGCGCCCAGCCUGUCCAGCUCCAACAGCCAGCUCAGCAGCAGUGCCAGCAGCAAUGCCAGAGCUCCUGCCAGCCUCAGCAGCAGCCGGCUUGCAACCAGCAAUGCCAGCAGUCCUGCCAGUCCAACAACCAGUACGCCAACCAGCAGUACAACCAGCAGAUGUACAACACUCCCGGCAUGCUCCCCGCCUACGGACAAUACUCCUCUCCGGCUCCUCAGUACGACCAGAGCAACCAGUGCAAUCAGUGCCAGUCCGGCUGCUUGAACGAAUGCCAGGCCGCCCAACAGCCCAUCCAGCAGUGCCAGCAAUCCUGCGACCAGUCCUGCCAGCCAGCCUGCCAACCUCAGCAGCAGCAGCCGACCCCGAUGCCGUACCAGCCUUACCAGCAGCAGCAGCCUCAGUGCCAGCAAUGCCAACAGCAGUGCACCCAGUCCUGCGAGCAGCAGCAGAUGCCCCAGUGCAACCAGCAGUGUGACCAGCAGUGCCAGCCGUCCUGCCAGCAGCAGCAGCAGCAGCAGCAGCCUCAACAAAUCACGAUCAACGUCCCGGUCUCCCAGCAGUCGCCUCAGUGCCAGCCAGCCUGCGAGCAGUCCUGCCAGUCCCAGUGCGUCCAGCAGAGCCAGCCGAUGAACCAGUGCCAGCCGGCCUGCCAGCAGUCCUGCACAAACUCCUGCCAGCAGCAGCAGCAGCCGACGACCCCCUGCCAACAGCAGCCGGUCGCCAACCAAUGCCAGUCCUGCCAGCAGAACUACAGCCCGUGCGGAUCUCAGUGCUGCCGCAAGUAGGCCUCGCCGAAUGAUUCCGAUCCUAUUUGUAUAUUCGAACAAUAAAUGUUCUCUUUCUUCUUUAUUUUGUUAAUACACAUCUGCGAAAGUUGAAUCGAAAUCUACAAGAAAAAAGGGAAGAAAGAAAUAGCCUUGUGAUGUUCCGAGGCCAAUGUAUAAAUCGUGAUCCACAAUCGUGAUCCUACGAAAGAAUGAAAAUUCCCUCAGAAGCUGAUUUAAAUGCCUGAAAAUUCAAUACUCAGAAAAGAAAUAAAUGAAAUUGAUACGAUUUUCAUCAAGGAUUGCGCUCAAAAGAGUUUUCCCGCCUUCCGUACUUUUUUUUAAGAUAUUUUUUUGAAAGAGAAAUUUUUGACUUGAGAAAAGUUUGGAAGCUCUGAAAGUUUGUGCUCCAUCGGGAAAAGUCGAAUUUCGAGUUUCAAAUUUGUGAGAAAUUUUCAGAAGAGGAAUCAUUUACUUUGAAUAAAAAAACAUUGCAAUAAAAUUAGUUAUUAAAAAUAAAGAAAAAGUAGGAAUAUUAUCUCAUUUCAUCACGUCGACUAGUCGGUGUCAUUGCCGCUCUCUCAUGAGAUAAUAUUCCGACGGCCGUCAGCCCUGGACAAGCUGGGCGCCGUACUGUUCCAACAUGGUGAAGCAGUUUAUUCGCUGGUACUACCAACGGGCCCACAUUAUUUCCCAACGCCAGCUGUCACGCCGGGACUUAUUGGACAAAGAUUGUGGGACCCGCGCCGACGACUAA